CGGAGAGGAGGAGCGGGGCGAGGACGAGGAGGAGCGGGGCGAGGCGCAGGCGAGGCUGGGACCCGGGGCGCGCGCACUUCUCCGCAAAGUGCCAACUUCCCGGGAGAGAGUGCCGGGCGCGCACCUUCUGGGCUCCGGGGAAAAGUCAGCGGGAAUUUGAGAUCUUAGGGAAGAAAGUCGGAUUUCCCCCGUCCCCCUUUCCCUGUUACUAAUCCCCAUAAAAAAGACAAACAAGAAGAAUAACAGCAAACUUGCUAUAAGCCUGUCUGCCCCCCACUCCUGGCACCAUGAAGGCGGCCGUCGAUCUCAAACCUACUCUCACCAUCAUCAAGACGGAAAAAGUCGAUCUGGAGCUUUUCCCCUCCCCCGAUAUGGAAUGUGCUGAUGUCCCACUCUUGACUCCAAGCAGCAAAGAAAUGAUGUCUCAAGCAUUGAAAGCUACUUUCAGUGGUUUCUCUAAAGAACAGCAACGCCUGGGAAUUCCCAAAGACCCCCGGCAGUGGACAGAAACCCAUGUUCGGGACUGGGUGAUGUGGGCCGUGAAUGAGUUCAGCCUGAAAGGCGUGGACUUCCAGAAGUUCUGUAUGAAUGGAGCAGCCCUCUGUGCACUCGGGAAGGACUGCUUUCUCGAGCUGGCCCCAGACUUCGUUGGGGACAUCUUGUGGGAACAUCUUGAGAUCCUGCAGAAAGAGGAUGUGAAACCAUAUCAAGUGAAUGGAGUCAACCCUACCUAUCCAGAAUCCCGCUAUACCUCGGAUUACUUCAUUAGUUAUGGUAUCGAGCAUGCUCAGUGCGUUCCUCCCUCAGAGUUCUCAGAGCCUAGCUUCAUCACAGAAUCCUACCAGACACUCCAUCCCAUCAGCUCGGAGGAGCUCCUCUCCCUCAAGUAUGAGAACGACUACCCCUCGGUCAUUCUCCGGGACCCUCUGCAGACAGACACCUUGCAGACUGACUACUUUGCCAUCAAGCAAGAAGUCGUAACCCCAGACAACAUGUGCAUGGGGAGGACCAGUCGUGGCAGUGGACCAAUCCAGCUGUGGCAGUUUCUUCUGGAAUUACUCACUGAUAAAUCCUGUCAGUCUUUUAUCAGCUGGACAGGAGAUGGCUGGGAGUUCAAGCUUUCUGACCCAGAUGAGGUGGCCAGGAGAUGGGGAAAAAGGAAAAACAAGCCCAAGAUGAAUUAUGAGAAACUGAGCCGUGGCCUACGCUACUAUUAUGACAAAAACAUCAUCCACAAGACAGCGGGUAAACGCUACGUGUACCGCUUUGUGUGCGACCUACAAAGCCUUCUGGGAUACACGCCCGAGGAGCUCCACGCCAUGCUGGAUGUCAAACCCGAUGCCGACGAGUGACGGACACCCAAGGGGUCGGGGAAAACUCUGCUGAGACAUUUCGAAGAACAACCAUGUUGGUCGGACUCUUAAUUUUUAAUCGUUAUUCUAUUUUUAAUUUUCCAGAACUCGUUUUUUACAUUCAGGGGUGGGAGCUAAGUGAGCUGCAGCUUAACCAAUUGUGAGCAGUUGGAAAAAGAGAGCCAGGACUUGUGGGGUGGGUGGGACGAGAAAUUCUUGAGCAAAUUUUCAGGAGAGGGAGAGAGAGAAAGAAAGAGAGAGAGAAGGGUUCUUCUUAGAAGCUUGAAGGAUCUGGCUUAAGGGAGGAGGAGACUAACACGUCCCAUUAUUUUUUAAAAAUCGUCCAUGAAAAAAAAAAAGGCAUGUCUUGAGUUAUGGACCUAUUAGCAAAAGAAAUUGACACAUCAGGAGUUCUGAGACCCAUGAAAAGGCAAUUAAUUUGCUUUUGGUUUUAGGUCUGGGAGGGCAAAAAAGAGGGAGGUGGGAUGAAACAUUUGUUUGGGGGAUGCACUAAAAACCAAGGACUAUUUACUUUUUACUCAACUUUCGAAACAAAGAUGGACUUCAGUGGGGAGGAGCCCAAACUGUUUUUGUGUUAAAAUUUAUUUUAUUAAAUUUUGUGCCAGUAUUUUUUUUUUUUUUUUCUUAAAAAUCGUCUUAAGCUCUAAGGUGGUCUCAGUAUUGCGGUGUCAUGCAAGUUUGUUUUUUAUUUGCCGGCUGAGGAUUCUGUCACAGUGCAAGGAAACUGUUUAUAUAGACCCCACUGGAAAUGCAAAGUGCUGUCACUGAGAUCGGGGAUCCCAAAUUCAUGUGACUUCUAUAUGAAGGAAAAAAAUCAUGCUGAUUUGGGUACAAGAGACCUAUGCAUGUGAAUUUCAUCUGUGUUUUAAAAAAUGAUCACACCCCUCUACUUACUUACCAUUAGUGGAUUCUCGGGGUUUGGACUUAACGUUGAACUAAGAAGCAUUAAGUCUUUGAACUGAAUGUAUUUUGCAGCCCUGGUUUUGGACCACAGUCAAUGUAGGAGCACUGUUGAGGUCAUAGAAAGGAGAUCGAAGGAGAAAGACUGACUUGGUUCUUUAUCGGUUCUAUACCUGUAACAUUUAUGACUUGGAAUAAAAGCUGUGUGCAUGGGCAUUACCCCCUCAGGUCUUAGGAAGUAAAUCCUGAAUGCUUGUCAUUCCACACCAGCACUCUACUCUUUCUCCUUUAUGUCUCAUUGUCCCGGCAUCCCACAUUUAUUGCUUCCCCCCACCCUGUUACCCAGUGGAGAGAAAUGUCCGACUUUCCAAUUGGUGAGAGAAAGAGCAAUGCAGUCAUGCCAUGAGAUGGAGAGUGGCUGGCAAAGUCAUUUAGAUGUCCUGGGUUUUAGGAACAAUGGAAAUUAAGGUUGCGUGGAAGUAAAAUGUGGCUUGGCUGUCUUUGGGAGGAGAAAUGCAUGGCUUUCCUUUGAGGAGUGUCAGCUGGUGGAGUCAGGUGUCGAGUAGGCCGUGCAUGCAGCGUGAAGAGUGCAGACCCUAUCUGGGCCCGUGCUUGGAUCUGUUAUCUUGGCACAGGGUAAGUGAAGGUUAAUAAUUGCAGAAGAGACAAAUGACUUGAAGGCAAAAGAAACAUAAGAAAAGGAGCUUGAGUGAAGAAAAUAAGGUGGUCCGUGCGAUUCGAGUAGAUUUCUGGUUCCUCCAAAGCUCAGCGACAAACUCCGUUGACUGGGGCAGUGCUGAAGGGUGGUCUGCAAAGGUUUGGGUCUUUCUCCAGGGUGGGGAGGGUGGGAACCAACAUCUAACCAGUGAAGAAAAGUGCCUAAAACACUUGAACCCCGCCCCCCGCAAUAGAUGCCUGAUUAAAAAGGAUGAUGACCGAGGGACAGCUCUCGCGGACUUCAGUGGGAGAGGCGAAGAGAUAUUUAAGGUGGGCUUCUCAGGGUGAGCCCUUCUUGGGCUCCAAGGGAGAGACCAGAAGUACUAACUACCUGCUAGCAUAGCUUCCAGAAAGUGGGUUGUUUACUCCCAGGUCCUCUUGCAGACCCUGAAUUAUCAGGAAACCAGCUCUGUGAUUCAUGAGUCUCCUUACACUGUUAAAUCGGAGUGUCUCCUUGGAAAGCAAAGGCAGAGUUGGCCCAGCUGUGUAUUCUCAUCUUCUUCCGGGUGCAGGUGCCUUAAUGAAGCUCUCGAAUAUUUUAGGAGCUGCUCAGGGAGUGUUAGGCGGAACUGUUGGAUUACGUUGUUUUCUCUUAGAUUAUGGGAUCUUUGUUGGGCACUGGCAAAGGCGUGUGUGUGUGCCCACGCACGUGUGUGCGUGUGCACGUGUGCGUGUGCGUGUGUGCAUGCUUGCAGACAUGUAGAACUGCCGCUAAAAUAAUACCUGGGUUUUUCGGUUAAGUCUUUCCACAUUUCAGCAACAGGCAAGAGUAGAACCAAGGCAGGGCAUCGGUCUUGCUCGCCGUUCGCAACCAGGCAGAACAUGACUUUCUCAGCGCACCCACCUUUCCUCUUGCGUUUCUGCUGGAAACUCCCCUUGUGUGAGCAUGUCUAAGUCCUGCAAGAACUCCAUAGCAGAUAAGAGAUAAGAAAGUGCCUCCUCCUGCUCCUCAGCCCGUUUGUUUGCUAAGAUGCCUCUCUCUCUAGGUCCGCCAUUUUCAGUAUUUGUAGAUAGUGCGCUAGUUAGGGAAGACAGCUUUGUCCAUCUGGCCAGAUGCUUUUUCUCCUUCUGUCCAGGGGCCAGAGACCAUCCCAGGAAGAGUGGUGGGUGGUUUAUACACUGGAAAUGUAGCAGAAUUGUUGCAUUUAUGCUUUUUAAAAACACAUGUUAACUUCAGAGGAAGGAUGGGCAAAUCUGGUUGAGCUGAUGAAACCCUUAUUUUCCUGGAGAUGCCUUAACCCGUGUUGGUUUUGGCUGUCGGGUUCGGGGUCACUUUUGUUUCCUUCUCCAAGCAGGGGAAGGACUUCCCUACACAGAGCCCUGGUUUUGUGGCUUUGGGGAUUGGAGGUAGCAUUCAAAGAUCAGAUGUGCUUUUCCUCACUUUGGAGACGAACACUCCGGGUUUUAGAGCAUUAACCUGCCUAAUCUUCAUGGUGAAAAAUCACACCUUCUCUGUUCUAGUCAUGCUGUGCGUGCUGCUUUCUGUUGGGGUCUAUAUAAAUGUGUUGAACUCAUAUCUACAUUCCAAAGAAGUUUCAAGGAACCAUAAAUAUAUGUAUACAUAUACAUAUAUAAAGUAUAUAUAUAUUAAAAUGAAAUUAUCUCUAUCAGGAAUACUGCCUCAGUUACUGAACUUUUCUUAAGAAUACUUUUUUUUUUAAGCUGAGAAGUAUAGGGGUGAAAAAGAUGUUAUAUUGUGUUUGACUAUUUUCCAACUUGUAUUUUCAUAUAAUUUAUAUUUUUUAAAAAGCUGAAAAUUUAAAAGCAAGAUGAAAAAAGGAAAAGCAGGUGCUUUUUAAAAAUCAGAACUGAGGUAGCUUAGAGAUGUAGCGAUGUAAGUGUCUAUGUGUUUUUUUUUUUAAUGCAAAAAAAAUUUCUUAUGGGGGAGUUUUUUUGUUUGUUUAUUUUAGUAGCUGAUGCUGGCACAUCAUUUUGCUGGAGAGUUUUUUAUAUACUGUAGCCUGAUUUCAUAUUGUAUUUUAAACUGUGUGAGAUUAAAAACAAAGAAAUUCAUUCAUAA